GACCUCCGCUCCUUCCUUGAACUUGCCCAAGCGACUGUUACUGACAGUCUAACUGCGUGGUUUUUAAUUCAAAACACAGCCCGUUAGAGUCGUUGGGUCAAAGCUUAUAUAAAGCCAACGGCUACAUUACCGUUCAUCCUCCACUCUCUCCUCUCUCUCUCUUUCUCUGCAUUCUCUCUCUUAUAGUAGACGACUGCCCUUUUUCGCACCUGAACAGAGAAAAUCGGCGAAAAGAUCGCUCAAAUUAGAAACGGAAAAAGCACCAGUAUCGGAAAAGGAAAAAAUGACGAGUAGUGUAAAUUAAUCGAGGUAGUUUGGAUCGCCACCUUCACAGUUUUGUUGUUUCAUUUGUUCAAUUUAAAAAGCUCGCAUUUUUGAACAUUCGCUUUCGGUUCUUUUCCUUUGGUAAAGAAUCCGCUUUCUCUCCUGAUCAAAGUUUGGGAAUUUUACUCUUCUGCAACAAAACAUAAAGAAUAUUGCAGCUAUGCCCCUGUCUCUUUGACUGCCAUUGCAGAGAUUGAAAGAAACAAAAAAAGUUUUCUUCUCUUUUUUCAAUUUCUUUCUUCCUUUCUUCAUUCAAUGUUUUCCAGUUAAGCAACAAAAACAAAGCCUUUUUUUUUCUAUAGUUAUUUACCAAAAAAAUAAGAAGAACAAUUUGCAGAAAUGUCUGUUGUCGGUGUUGCUCUGAGUCCAGUUCGUCAAGAAGCGGUUCACUCCGCUUGUUAUUGCAAUAACCAAGCGGGUGACUCGAUCUUGAUUUACCUCUCCGUUGCCGGUUCGGUGAUUCCGAUGCGUGUUUUGGAGUCGGACUCGAUAGCCUCCGUAAAGCUUCGGAUCCAGACAUGUAAAGGCUUUGUAGUGAAGAAACAGAAGCUUGUUUUCGGAGGCAGAGAAUUGGCACGUAAAGAUUCUCUUGUUAAAGACUUCGGCGUAAAAGGUGGGAAUGUUUUGCACUUAGUUUUAAAGCUUUCCGAUCUUUUGCUUAUCACUGUACGGACAACUUGCGGGAAGGAGUUUGAAUUGCAUGUUGAUAGGUAUAGAAAUAUUGGAUAUUUGAAACAAAGGAUAGCUAGAGAAGGGAAAGGUUUUGUGGAUGUUGAUGAACAAGAAAUAUUUUGUAAUGGAGAAAAAGUCGAUGACCAAAGGCUGAUUGAUGAUCUAUGCAGAGAUAAUGAUGCUGUGAUUCAUUUGGUGGUUCAGAAAUCAGCCAAAGUUCGAGCUAAGCCUGUCGAGAAAGACUUGGAACUUUCGGUUGUCGCUGAGAGAGAUUUGGAUGAGAGGAGAGCUGGUGUAGGAGGAGCACAAAACCAAACUCAGGGGCUUCAGAUUGUGACAAAGGGGCCAAUUGUUAGAGAUAUCUGGUUGGAACCGGUUACUGUUAAUCCUAAGGUGAAAUUGCCUUCCUUUAUCUGGGAUAUGAUACAUUCGACGUUUGAUGGGUUGGAGGCAGGCAAUCAGCCGAUCAGAUCAUCUGAAGGGACUGGAGGGACUUAUUUUAUGCAAGAUAAAUUGGGGCUUGAUUAUGUUUCCAUUUUUAAGCCAAUUGAUGAGGAGCCAAUGGCUGUGAACAAUCCACAGGGGUUACCUCUAUCUACCAAUGGUGAAGGGUUGAAAAAGGGCACAAAGGUUGGAGAAGGAGCAGUGAGAGAAGUUGCCGCUUAUAUAUUGGAUCACCCAAAGAGUGGACCUCGAUCCUUGUCUGGUGAGAUGAUAGGGUUUGCUGGUGUACCCCCUACCUGCAUGGUUCAGUGCUUGCACAAAGGAUUUAACCAUCCAGAUGGGUAUGAAUGUGCACCUGAGAAUGUUAAGGUUGGAUCCUUACAGAUGUUUAUGAAGAACUCUGGGAGUUGUGAGGACAUGGGUCCCGGAGGUUUCCCCGUGGAGGAAGUGCACAAGAUCAGCGUGUUCGAUAUAAGAAUGGCAAAUGCUGACAGACAUGCUGGCAAUAUCUUGAUCGGCAAAGGGGAAGAUGGCCAGACCAUGCUUAUUCCAAUUGAUCAUGGCUACUGCAUGCCUGUUAAUUUUGAGGAUUGCACAUUUGAUUGGCUUUAUUGGCCACAAUCACGGCAACCUUACUCCCCGGACACUAUUGACUAUAUAAGAUCACUGGAUGCUGAACAAGAUAUUGCACUUCUCAAGUUUUAUGGGUGGGAUGUUUCUGUUGAGUGUGCUCGCACGCUCCGUAUCUCCUCCAUGCUUUUGAAAAAAGGGGUUGAGCGAGGCCUCACUCCCUUCACCAUUGGAAGCAUCAUGUGCAGAGAAACUAUGAACAAGGAAUCUGUGAUUGAGCAGAUUGUUUGUGAAGCUCAGGAUUCCUUACUUCCAGGCAUGAGUGAAGCUGCGUUUAUUGAAACUGUCUCUCAAGUCAUGGAUUCUUGGCUUGACAGGCUCACAAAUUGAAGCUACCUAGUUCAUGGUACAUAUUGUAUUCAAUGAAUGAUGAGUCCAUUUUUGUAUGGACCUCAAAUUAUGCAAACGUAGAUGGGCAGAUGGCUUUAUCUUCUUUUACACGAGCCUGAAGCUUUCAUUUUUUUUUCUUUCUUUCUUUUGCUUUGUCAAGUUAUUACUUGAUCGUGUCAUCAGUAUGUUUAACAGAGUCAAAGAUAAUGAAUAAUAUCUACUCUGCUAAGAUUCUACAAUAGAUUGCAGGAUUCUAGCUCAAAAAGAGCUAUAAAACUUGUAUAUAUACUAUCUUUAAUCUGAAAUUUAGAUUUGGAGUUGUGUAAACAUUGAUUGUUCAGCAUUUUUCUUGGAAUAUUAUAUUAGAUCAGUCACUUGUGCCUGCAGAAGCAAACAGAAAAAGAACUAACAAUAUGUGCCAAUUUUGGCACAUUAUUAAAGGCAGCAAAAUAC